UCCUCUCUCUCUCUCUCUCUCUUUCUGUGAGUCUAUCUUACUUUCUCGCGUACGUCGAAAUGUCCGCGUACUUCUAAGAUUGAGUCGAUCGAGUCAAUUGAGUGUCCGCGCGCGGCUAUCGACAUCGACCUCGACGACGAGGACGAGGACGAGGACGAGGACGUUUGCUCCGCCGUGGGAAGAAACCCGCAGAAGUGACUGAUAGCGGCAACGGCCAAUAAUGCGCAUACCGGACGCGUGGAAACGGCAACGUGAGCGACGAUAGCUUAGAUCUUAAAGAUUGCUGCAAAGUCCUGCAGGCAGCAUGAACAAUCCUUAUCGAGCUAGACCCGCCAGAUCUCGGGUGGAUCAUUCAGCUACAUAUGGAAUACACAACCAAAAUAUGUGGAUGCCCAUGUCUGGGCCUCAAUCGGAUGUCCCGCCGAAUGAUACCACUCAGCAAUCUCUUGUGAACGAAUCAAAACAUGCGAGCGAUACAUGGAAGGAUCCCUGGGAUUGGAAUCUGGACCAACAGUCGGAUACUCAGCAGCAGCAAUCACCACCGCAGCAACCACCAUCACAGCAACAGCAUUACAUACCCUCGUAUCAGAAUCAAGGACAGCUGAUAUCUGGUUCUGUGCAAAACAAUUAUUACAAAAAUCUCAAUGGUAAUACAUCCGAUGUACUUAACCAGAACUCUAUAUCAGGCAGAAAUACUCCCAGAUCGGAAUCUGCUCGUCAGACUGGGUCGAAUUACACGGAUUCUUUCCCGCCCUACGCAAACUAUAAUCAAAAUCAGCAGUAUUCGUUGCCGCCUCGACAAAACAACGCGAAAUCCAGUUAUGAGCAUGCUCAAUGGCCGAAUGAGCAUCAGUCGUCAAAUGCAACUUAUACUCAGCAAAGACUCGUGCCGCAACAGAGCCAGAAGGAUCAACCACCAUUACAUCCACCAUCGACACACCCACCAUCAACACAUCCACCACCGAUGGCGACGCAUAACAGUUAUAACUGGAGCAAAGACGACACAACAAACUUAUCAUUACAACGUAAUUGGCAGAAUCAUACCGAUACGUUAGGUCAGUGGCAGGAUCAAAACAUGUCGCAGGAAAUGCAACAGCCAACAGUCGACAAUAUGGGCAAUCAGUGUGCGCAACCAUCGCAAAUAUACAAUGCGCCUAUUGAGGGGGUCAAUAAGGAACAUUCCAUGAACUGGUCUACCAAUGAGCAACAGAGUAACGAAGCGAAUAAUAAGUCUAAUAUCGUAUCAAAUCAGUGGCAUAAUCAAAGUCGCGAGUCCCAACAUCAAUCUGCGCAUUUAAUGCAAACAAAUAACGUAGAUGACACAUUUGCUUCUUGGCCACAGUCGGGCAACAUCAGUGCCUCGCACGAUUGGAGACAUUCUAACAUGCAAAACGAAUCUGUACAUUCUACGCAAUGGUUACAGCCAACGAAUGCGGAUAACAGUUCGUUCGCGCAGAACGUAUCACAGAAUAAUAACAGCGUUAGGUUUGCUGUUAACGAAUGGCAACAAGUGCACAUGGCGCCAUUCCAAUAUGCUCCAGCAUCUACAACUGUGCCUACAAGCGUAGAAAAUAUUGUACAUACACCCAAUAAUAAUGAACAAGAGAACGAGAAGCAAGCAGCAGUAGCAGCUUCUAUCGCAACUACUGUGUCGCCUCACGAUUCAAUCAGUUACGCAAAAUCGAGCGAUAUUAAAUCAUCGAUUGGAGAUCAUAAUUUAAACAUACUGACUGAUGAUGCACCGAAAAAUGAUCUUUCUAAAACCGUUCUUAGUGAAAAGGAUGACCGUUCUUUUGGUUCUACAGCGGCAGAGGAAUUAACCAGCAGUUUUGGUCAUCUCAAUCUUAGCGGCAAGUCGGGAAAACACGUGGAUCUUUUAGGUGAAUCAUUAGAGGUACAUUCGAGCCCCGUUCUCCAAGAAGAGAGAGCUCAACAUCCUCCUAAUUUCAACGUUGCGAGUAUCCGAGGCAAUUCUGUUCCCGAUAAUAUGUCCGUGCUACCUCCGGAUUACGCGUCAAGCGGUAUAGAGAAUUCUCAUUCUGUCGAUAGCCAACCAAUUGUCGGUCAAGAUCCUCAAAUAUCGAAUACAUAUCAAAGUGGUGCUACUAAAAUAGUAGAUAGUAUCUCGCAAAGCAAUUAUGAUCAAUGGUACAAUCAAAAUACGUUGGAGAAUGCAUGGUAUGCGAAGGAUCACUCACGUCCACCUCCCAAACAGUGGAACACUCCUGAGCAGAGUGUAGAGAACUACGAGAACAUCCAACAAUCAUCCGACUUUAUAAAUGUCGAGGUUGUUGCGCCUGCAACAUUGAAGGAGCGCGAUAUCUAUGGUUCGCGAGAUUCUAUAAACAAGGAAACGUUGGACAACGAUCCCAAGCCGAGCACGAGUCCCAAAGAAGCGACGAAUAUUCGGGAUUUCAGGGAGGAGGUGAACAACGUCGAAGUGUUAUCGAUGCAGCAACAGCAGCAGCAAACUCGGUCUCAUCCACCUUUGACGGAACAAAUGCCGGAUAACUACGAAUUCGCUUCGAACGAUAGAAAUACGUUUUUAGAGACUGGCGAGUUGACGGACUCACAUCAGGAACACGAAUCAACGCCACCGAGUCAGGAUGAUGAGAAUGAUGAAGUGCCUAACGAUAUUCCCUUCCUGCGCGAAGUACCGGGACAAUCGAGUACCAUAGAUCCACGCAGGAACGAUCCUACAGGUCAGGAGCAUCAUGUGCAGACUGGGCAACGUCUGUCCGAUCCUAGGAGGAACGAUCCAUCAGGUCAGGAACAAAGCAUACAAAUUAGAAAUAUACCUGAUCGAGCGGAGCGUCGUGACGUUCUUCCGGGACAAGAGAGAAAUGUUCCUUUGUUAUUACGAGGUGAUACGGACACGCUAGAACGACGGAAUGAUCCUUCGGGGAGAGAACGUUCUCUUCCGCCGCAACAGUCCCUUCCAUCGCGAAAUGAUCCAUCAGGUGAAGAGAGAUAUCAGCUGCAGUCGCAGAUAAUGAUGGAGCCGAGUGAGACUCGUGAAGUGCUCGGUAGAGGCAACGAGCCCGACGAAGUUGCACAGCAAACAGACGCGGAACGUAGACUGAUACCAGGCGGAGCAUCUUCCAACGACGUCACGCAGUUGUCGGACGACAGGACAACAGGUGGUAGAGUUGUUACUGGCUCUCCUCCGGAGGUUCCUCCACCGAUGUCCGCGAUGCAGGAUCAGACGAGUGAAUCGCGAAAACGUGAGGAAGCGGUAGGCGCAUCUUUGGAGAGCGAGAGCCAGGGCAUCUCCAGCUCCUCGAAUCGACGGGAUUCCUAUGAAGACGAAGAAGAUGAGGGAUCUCGCAACAGUCGGGACGAAAGUAGGGAGAGACGACGAGAAACAAGUCCUGAUCGCCGACGAUACGAAUAUGACCGGAAGAACGCGUACUACGAUCGUGAUCGCGAAUACGAGGACGAUUAUUAUUACGAACGACGACGCGCGGGCGACAAUGAUCGUCAGUAUAGUGCCCGCGACGACUUCGAACGACGGGAUAUUCCGUAUCGGGAAGACGAACGUAAGCAUCACAGUCGCGACGACUUAGAUCGACAUGGUAGAGACGAUAUAGAUAGAAGAAUCAGGGGAAAAGAAGAUCUAGAUGAAAGGGAUAGUAGGAGAAGACCAGAUGAUCGCAGAAGAGACAGAGGCGAUGAUCCACGUCGUCGAGACAGAGAUCCAAGAGAUUAUGAUGCACGAUAUUCUAGAGAUCCUAGAGAUAGAGAAUAUAUGGAUCGUGAAAGGAGAAGGGACGAUAGACGAUCACGAAGAUACGAAGAUUACGAUAUUAGAGAUCCGUAUAGAAGGGACUACUACGAUGAUCCUUAUGGAAGAAGUUCUAGGCCUUCAAGUAGAUCUUCUUACAAUGAUAGAGACCGUGAAUACUACAUGCGUGCGAGAGACCCUUAUUAUGCAUACAAUGGAUACAGUGGAUAUGAUUAUAGUGCUCAUUAUGGUAACAAUUAUUAUGCAUAUCUUGAAAACCUACGUCGGACGAAUCCUGCUGCCUAUUCCGAGUGGUAUCAUAAAUAUUAUGCGAAUCAGCAUCAGCAACAACAUAUUGCCAGAGGAGUCAGCAAUUAUCCAGAGGAUAGAGCCAGUGUUCAUUCUGGCCGUAGCUCCUGUGACGACAGGACUACUGGUGAUAAACGAACAUUAGGUGAUAUGUCCUUAGAAGAUACGAUAAUUACUUCUGCUCGAUUGACACCGACUAAAUAUUCCACGUCUCAUGCAUAUGGAUGCUUUUCCAUUGGAUCUUUGAUACAUGUUCAUCCAAGUUACCCAGCUGAUGGUGAAAGAGCUAAAGUGGACAUUUUUCGCGUAGAUAGCUUACUCUCGCAUGAUCCUAUUGCACGCGAUUUACGAUUAUAUCCAGGACCUCUAAUUAAUGGUGUAACGCAUAAGAAGACUAUUAUAGAAUAUUGCGAAAAUAAAAUUAAAAAAGCAGUGAUAAAUGAAGAAAUGAUCGAUCGCGCUUCAUACAUCUUGCUAUACGAACUGAUGAUUAUGUUAAUUCAACAAAAUGGAAACGUUGUUGGCGUCGAUAUUGCUGGACUCUUAUUGCGUAAUAAGGAUACUUAUCCUUACGACGCGAACAAGAUCAGAUCUCAGGAUAUAGGACGCAGAGAAUCGCAAAUAUCGCAGCGUUCUGGAGCAACGGGCAGCGAUGGAAGUACCCAGGAUAUUUCAGCGUUAUCCGAGAAAACUGAAACCAAACAACGAAAAACCGUAGAACAAAUAACAGAUGAAUUCAGAGAUACGUUACUCUAUGGACGGGUUCAAGAAGCAUUAGAGUACGCGAUGAGUGAAGGACUUUGGGGCCACGCUCUCUUCCUGGCUAGUAAACUGGAUAAACGCACGCACGCUUCUGUAAUGACUCGUUUUGCAAACAGUCUGCCAUCACACGAUCCACUGCAGACCUUGUAUCAACUGCAUUCUGGUCGUAUACCUGCUAUAGUUACGUGCGUCGCGGAUCCGCGCUGGGACGAUUGGCGGCCUCAUCUAGCUAUGAUUAUAUCUAAUACGUCGACCAAUCCAGAAGUUAAUCGCCGAUCAAUAACGACUCUCGGGGAUACACUAUUCGCGAGGGGCGACAUCCAUGCCGCACAUUUUUGUUAUAUACUCGCGCAAAUUGAUUUCGGCGCUUACGGAACUAAUGGAAUUAAACUCGUGUUGAUCGGCGCUAAUCACAACAAGUCGUAUUCUGAAUUCUUUACUAUGGAAGCUGUCAUGUUAACAGAAAUUUACGAAUACGCUCGGAACCUUAGCGAUCCGCAUUUCACAUUAAUAGACCUUCAAACAUUCAAAUUUGAUCUAACUGUGAAGAUGGUGGAUUGUGGAUUAAUAGAAAAAGCUUUAUUGUAUAUCGAACAGAUUGCAAUAAAUAUCGCGAACGAUCCAUCGAAAUACAAGAAAUCCUUCAUCGAAGCGGUUUAUGUAUUAGGCGAUCGAAUCAAGUAUCACGAUCCAGUCUAUAAGGAUGCUAUCGAAGAUGCUGCGAAUGUUACGUGGCUUAACAGAUUAGCGGAGAUAGUUGGAAAAUAUCAGGAUGAACAGGCUGUCGAAAAUGAAACAUACGGUUCUCAUGCUAUGAUAGAAAAUCAGGAAAUUCAUGAAGCAAAACAUCAGCAACAGCAACCAUCGCAACUACCACCGCUAUCAUCACAACAACAAUGGAACACUAUUCAAUCCGAUUACAAUGACGGGCCUACGUCGAUGAUGGAAGUUAACACGAGUGAAAUGCAAUCAGAUUGGCAACCAUUAUCUUUGCCCACGAACAUUCAAGAUACAUACGAUCCGAAUGCGCAAUAUAUGAGAAACGUAGACGAAUCUGUUCAAUAUCAGCAGUCGCAACAACAGGAUUAUUGGAACCAGCAGUCGUAUUAUCAAAAUAAUUAUGGAAGAAACGAAUCUGUACAGUCUAAUUGGCAGCAACAGUCUGCACCAGGCUUAACUGAUCAGACUGAAGUAACUAACUCGCAACAACAAGACAAAUGGAACUAUGAGACGGAAAGAGAAGACAAAACACCCACACCUGAACCUGCGCAGCCAACAAUCUCUAUGACACCGUCAACGGGUAAACAGUAUGAUCCAUUGGAAGAAUUAGAUGCACUUGAGACACCACGACAGACUGUUAAAUCUGCGGCGGACACGAAGAAAAUAACCGAAAAAACGGCUGAAAAGAAACCCUCCAACAGUGGUGGCUCCUGGUUCGGUGGUUUGUUCAGUAAACUCGCGCCCAAGCCGAAAAAUCAAAUGAUAUUACCGGACGAUAGCAAUCCAACGAUUGUAUGGGAUCCAGUCGCUAAGAAGUGGAUGAACAAGGAUGAGGAUGGCGACAGCGGUACCACGACAUUGGCCCCACCGCCGAAAACAGCUGACAUGAGUUUUCGAGUACCGGCAGUGGAGCGUGUUCCACAACCGUCUUUACCAAGUGCACACAACGAGGAUACAUUAGCGGCGGAUAUUUCGAAAUUGCCUACUGGUAGUAAUAUGUACAAACUGCAAAGGGGUAGAAGUAUGCGUGCCAACUACGUAGACAUAAUGAAUCCCGGUGGAAAAUCCAAAGGUAGCGCGACAUCGUCUAAUGUGGCCACCCCCAUGACGUCUCCACUCGUACCUAUAGCUACCUCAUCCCCGCAGGUGUUGGUACCCGCGCCAAUUAAUGAUCCAACUGCUCCUGUGGAUUUCCUGACUCCUGCAGCAACACCGCCGUCCGGAAACAUCGCGGAAAAUACCCCACUCUCUCGCUGGAGCUCGACCAGCUCGUUAUCACGAGAGGUGCAGAGCUACACAAUGAGGGAUCCGCGGCUCCUUCAACGGAACAAGGGACCAAUGAUGUUCAACCCGAGUGACAUGAAGGAUCGUUCGGUGAACAACAUGCCACCUAGUAGAUAUCAUCCAUGAUAAUUUUUUGCAACCGCUCACGAGAAUAAUUUGUUAUUUAAAUUAGGAAGUUUCUUAUAUAAUUGCAGUUGUAUUUAAUGUGAAUAUCUGUUCUUGUAUAGAAAAAUCGUGACAACAAUAGUAUAUUUUUAGAGUGAUGCACGGUGCAUACAGUCUAUUUCGAAAGGGUGUGUACGACGUAAGAAUCCAGAAGAACACGCGUCUUUGUAUAUGCACUUCACAUAUUCGAAUUUUCUAGAUUAAUUUUUACAUUCGAAAUUCUAUUCGAGUUUGUUAUAUUUAUCAUGUCGAAUUAAAUAUUACGUUAAAAUUUAUUUAGAACAAGAUUCCCACGCGGAAUAUAGGAAAUAUAGAAGACAAUUUAGCAAUUGCAAUGGUGGCGUAGAUAAAUUGUAUCCGAGCACGUAUAAUGAUUUGUAAACUUAAAGUUUUCAUUGUACACGUUUCAAUUGAUAGAGUACGCUCCUUUCAGAUUAAUUCUCACGGAAUGUUAUUUCGUGUGCAGUGUAAUGAAUUUAUUUGAAAGUUACGCACCAAUUUCCGUUUUUAUUAAAUACGUAUUUCCAUCAGAUGGUUACUUAUGCAUUAAUAGUUAAUCAUCGUUUUGGAAGUGUGCGAGUGCAUUCCCGUUUCUAUGUUCGUUUAGUUUGUAAGUAAAUUGUCACCGGUAUCGGAUUCGAUGUUACGCGAAGAUUCAAGUUCUGCGAGCUCGAAUUAUGUGAGUGAGAUGUAAAGUUAAUAUUUUUACGUGCAACCUGUAAUCGAAGAUCUAAGUUAAAAUUAUAUAAAUAAUCUCUCGCUUCGAAGUGUCUUGUAAAUGUGUGACGAUAGAGAGAGGAUUGUACGCUGAGAUUAUAUAUAGUUUAACUAUAUCGCAGAACUUGUUACAACACGGCCUCAGUAUGUGCUGUAAUUCUAAGUCUGAUUUUAUAUGUACGGAGGAGAAGAGAGUAUUGUAGUGCCGAUAAAUACGAGAUGUUAGGGAUAUGAGAAUUUUAUCGAGGGAAACGGGGGGAAAUAGCGCAUUAAGUGUACGAUAGGAAUACCGUUGUUAGACGUCGGGCUUAUAAUAUUACGAGAUAACAUUGAUACACCAAUAAAUACGCAACUGCCAUCAACGUGUACGGAUAGUGUGAAAUGAGUAACGAGUUUGUAUCGCGUUUCCACUGGUUCAAUCGCGUUAGAUUUGUAAGAUAACGUUGGUGUUUAUCUUCGCGAAGCAUUUGAUAGUUGCAAAUAUUGAUAAGAGACAGUAAAGGAUCCUAGCAAAGAAUAGGCAGACGGUUUUGGUAUACGUUGAAAUGUCUCUAUCGGAAAAUAAAUGUCCUGGGAGAUAUAUAUUUUUCGGUGAAGAGUGAGUACCUUUGCAAGUAAAGGCUUUUUACUGGCUCAAUCUAUCGUCGCCUUGCGCUUCGUCCUAUAUGGAUACUGUUGAUCGUUCAAUUUUAGAAUCUUUCGUUGAAAAUAUUAUCGAUUUUUCUCGCUGAUAAAUGUAAUAUUAUCAAGUAAAAUUCUCCAUAGAGUAUUUCAGAUAGCAAAUGUCUGGCGCAUGGAUAUCCAUUGACCACAAAUAGAAGGGAUUGGUUCUAGGGAUAAUUUUUGUAAAUUUUGACACUCGUAAUACAUUUUAUAUCUGUGACAUACGAAUUAGGUAUAUCUUAGAUGCAUAUAUUAUAAUAUAUUAUGAUAUUAUAAUAUAUAUAUUACAACACACAUGUUGAUACUGUUGCAGAGAUGCCGCGUGUAAGUUUUAUAUAUAUAUAUAUGUAUACGUGAACUCUAGAUUUGUACAUAUUCUAAAUGUAGCUUUCGUAAACUUGUCCUAUUGCAAUUGUUUAUAUAUAGAGAAUUUGCGCUUGUUUUUUAAAUACCGAGACAUAGAAAUGGAUCCCGUGCUAUACCAUCGCCGAAAUGUAACCAGAGUUCUAUUUGUGGUGAAUGGCAGCUUAUUGCGACCAACGUCAUCGUUAGUCAUACAGUUGAUCGACGAUAAACUUUCGUCGAGAAAUCUAUGCAGUCGUUACAGCUGAAAUAUGCAUAUUUCUAAUCGUUAUACGCGAUCGAGCUUUAAGUUGAGAAUUCGAGUGGCGAUGCAGAAUGUGCAAUUAAACUAUUGUUUCUUUUUCUCAUUUACUUUUCUUAUUUACCAUCGUUCGCUCGCAAAAAAAAAAAUAAAAACUCGAGAAAUAUUAAUGUAAAAUGCGAAUGCGGUUGGCUCUCGCUCGAGAGAGCUCAAAACGGUGAUAUGUCGUAGCGGGACGGCGAGCGAGAAGAAAAGAAGAUUUUAAGAUUAGCGUUAAAGUUGAACAGAAGUAUUAAUCGAGCUGUAAUUGUAAUGUAUGUAUAGGCCGGUUUAUGGAGCGACGCGAUUUCGUCUUUGAUGUAACAUAUUGCUAUAUACUGUUUCACGCACUCUGAAAUUCCGAGUUGAUGUACGUUUAUGGAGAAUAAAAUUGCGGAUUACAAUGAUAAUAACAAUAGUGAUAAUCUAUACCGUAUAUUAUUAAUAUUAGGGGAUUCAUUGUCAUAAUUAUAACUAUUGAUAUUAUAAUAAAG